GCAGGGAGCGGAAACAACGCCUUUGCUCGCUUGGAGAAGUUGGGACAGUGAGACGAAUACGGAGGUCGCCUCGGUCGAAAUAUUAGUCGGGAUGGAUCCAUUUACCGAGAAGCUUCUGGAACGCACGCGGGCGCGCAGAGAGAAUCUGCAGAAGAAGAUGGCGGACCGGCCCACGCCCGCCGGCCGGCAGACGGCCAAGAGGGCCCGAGAGCCGCUGGCCGAGACCAACGGGCCGGGCGCGGGGUCCAGCGCGGGGUCCAGCGCGGGGUCCAGCGUGGGGCCGGCGGACUGCGCCCCGCCCCCCAGUAAGCCGUCGCCGUCCAAACGCCGCUGCUCGUCUGAGAACGACCGCCCGGUCGCCGGGGCGGAGAACAGGGAGCCGCCGGUUGCCAUGCCGAUCGAGCCCCUGACCGACAAGAAGCCCCCGAUUGGCCCUGGAAGCCUUCGCUCUGCCUCCUCGCUGGAGCGACAGGUCGUUCGCCCCGCCCCCUCAGUGGAGAGGGAGCCUGUUCGCCCCGCCCCCUCAGUUGAGCGACAGGUCGUUCGCCCCGCCCCCUCAGUGGAGAGGGAGCCUGUUCGCCCCGCCCCCUCAGUUGAGCGACAGGUCGUUCACCCCGCCCCCUCAGUGGAGAGGGAGCCUGUUUGCCCCGCCCCCUCAGUUGAGCGACAGGUCAUUCGCCCAGCCCCCUCAGUGGAGAGGGAGCCUGUUUGCCCCGCCCCUGAGAUGGAUCGAAGAGAAGCUGGCCCCGCCCCUUCUGGGAUGAAGUCCCGCCUGCAGAGACUGGCUGAGCAGCGACACCACUGGGACAAUGAAGCUCCCUCUGACGGUGCCCAGGACAGCCCCCCUGCCCCCCUCUCCCCAGUGCAGGCACACAGACAGGAAGCGGUCGCAGCUGACCCCACCCCCGUCUCCACGGAGACGCCCGUGGGGAGGCGGGGCCGGCUGGCCAACCUCGCGGCCGUGAUUGGCUCCUGGGACGACGACCUCGCCCCCGCGGGCAGACACAAUGCACAAGGGCAGCCUGGUACCGUCUGCUCUUCCUCUCUGAGCUCCGCCGUGCCGACCGCCAAACCCAGCUCCGCCACCCAGCCCCACGCCCAGCCCCGACCCACACACCCCAGCACCAGCGCCGCCAGCCCCUCCCUGCAGCAGGUACCCCAGUCCCCUGUGAAGUCGGGCAGGGCGGGGCUGCCUGAGCCCAGGUGUGCCCCCCAGGUGAGGGUGGGCGUGUCCUCCAGCCCCCAGAAGAGCUUCCUGUCCAGCGGCCCUGCUGCAGUGCAUUCUGGGAGCCCCCAGAAAACCGCUCCCUCUCCAGCACCUUUGUCCCAGACUCGCCCAAAUAACCAGACCCCUGGCCGCCAGCUCGACCCGGGACCCCAACCCCGCUCCAGCGCCACCAGCGCCACCAGACCGCCGCUGUCCGUCACGCCUGCUGCCACGGCGACGGCCACACCCCUGCAAAAAGGAGGCGCAGCAACCCCCGGUGUGAAGUCCUUCCUGGAGCGUUUCGGGGAGCGGUGUCAGGAGCGUUCCUCCGGCAAGGGCUCCCCUGGCCCGGCCGACGCCUCGCCUGCCGUCGCCCCCGGCAACCGCCUGCUGCAGGAGCGCCUGCGCCACGCCCCCGUCGUCACGGCGACCGCCGACCUCGCCCUCAAGCAGAAACAGGAGCGGGAGAAAGAACUCGCCCAAAUCCGCGGCCGCUUCCAGAAGGGCAACGUGUGGAAGAGCAGCGACCGAGACGCCGCUAAGGAGCAGCAGUCCGUGGAGAUCAAAACCGUACAGUCGCCGGUUGAGGAGGAACCCACAGCGCCACCUGUGGACACUAGGAGCACUGCUUCUGAACCCAGCCCCAAAGAAGAACCUCAGGCUUUGGAGAGAGAAGAGUUUCCAAUGGAGAAGAGGGUUGAAGAGUCUAGUGAUGAUGAUGAGGAGAGAGAGGUGCAUGCUGCGGGCGAGGUUGUGCGCGAGAUCGAGAUGAACGUGGACGGGCAGAACAGCUCGGACGUCAUCGACCAGCUGUUCGAGGGAGUCCUGGAGGAGAGCAAGGAACGGAGGGAGGAGGAGGAGGAGGAGGAGGAGGAGGAGGAUGAUGAUGAAGAUCAAGAUCCCCUGAACAUCUCCUCCAUGUCCCUCCUGACUCCGCUGGCUGAGACGGUCGCUGCUGUGGUGAAGAGCCCCGAGAUCAAGCUGAUGACCUCCACCCCGGCCGGCUCCUUCUGUGAGAGCAGCCCCUCCGACAGCGCCUCCCGCCCCUCACGCUUCCAGAGAGCGCGCGUGCUCCACGCCCUCCAGGACCAGGGGGGCAGCGAGGAGCCAAACCUGCCCUACAGCAUCGAUGCGUACCGGUCCACCCGCAUCAAGGAGGCGGAGCGCCCUCACGUGCGUCAGGUGAUCGUCAGGAAGGAGGACGUCCCUCAGAAGGGGGAGGAGCCUGUGCGCCCGCCUCACAUCAACAUCAAGCAGAAGAUGAAGGUGCUGAGUAAUGAGAUGAACAUGCAGCAGACGGUGAUCCACCAGGCCAGCCAGGCGCUGAACUGCUGCACCGACCAGGAGCACGGCAAGGGCUCACAGGUGGAGGCUGAGGCAGAGAGACUGCUGCUCAUCGCCACUGAGAGGAGAUCCGCCCUGAAGGCGGAGCUUGACCGUCUGAAAGGGGAGGGCCCCGCGGGUCAGAGGAAAGGCUCCGCCCCCUCCAGAGCCCAGGAUGAUGACGGAGUCUCCGCCUCCAAGGGCUCGGUCACCCUGCAGGAGCUCCGCCUCCCCCUGAAGGCCGACUUCAUCUGCUCCGCUGCCAACAAACCAGAAACGGCCAACUACUACUUCUUCAUCAUGAUCCGGGCCGGAGCGGAGAACACCGUGGCCACGCCGCUCGCCAGCACGAGGAGUGCUCUGAGUGGAGACGCCCUCAGCUUCUCCACCAUGUUCAGCCUCCCAGAGGUGUCCAGUGACUUUGAGAUCGACGUGGAGGUUUACUGCCUGGUCCAGAAGAGGGAGCUGUGCUCCGACAAGAAGAAGAAGGCCAACAAAUCAAAGAUUCUGUGGCGGCAUGUUCAUCAGGUCCACGAGGCCUGCUUCUCGGCCAUCACUCCUAAACGGCUGCUCACCUCCAUCACAAAGAGCGGUCUGCAGACUCCAGUGAUGGCCAGCCCUGGGGGACCCAACGCUGUGCGCACCAGUAACUUCACCCUGCUGGGCUCCCACAAGCUCAGCCUGGCCUCCAUCGGCAAGAACAAGUUCCCCCUGGAGAAGAUGAAUGUUGCAGGAUUGGAGAUACAGCUUCUCAGUGACAUGUUUCAGUACAAGGUACCCUUCCUCUGCCCCCUGGAAGGACACGUGUACCUGAGACUGCAGUGUGAGGUGGGGUCCUGCAUCGAGGACAGGGGCUUCCUGACGAUGUUUGAGGACGUGAGUGGGUUUGGCGCUUGGCACAGGCGCUGGUGUGUGCUCUCCGGGUACUGCAUCUCCUACUGGACCUACCCCAACGACGAGAAAUGCAAGAACCCCAUUGGCCGGAUCAACCUGGCCAAUUGCACGAGCCGGAAGGUGGAGCCAGCCAAUCGGGAGUUCUGUGCCCGCCCAAACACGUUUGAGCUCAUCACGGUGCGGCCGCAGAGAGAGGAUGACAGGGAGACGCUGGUCAGCCGCUGCAAGAACACCAUGUGUGUCACCAAGAACUGGCUGAGCGCAGACACCAAGGCUGAGCGUAACCUGUGGAUGCAGAAGCUGAACCAGAUCCUGCUGGACCUGCGCAUGUGGCAGCCGGACUCCUGCUACCGGCCGCUGUGAGGGCGCCCCCUGGUGGCCCGGAGGCCCCGGCGCUCUCCGCUCCCUGCGGCCCUCACGCAGUGGCCCUGGCACUCGCAGGAGUUCACCACGGGCGCAAUAUCGGAUCAUCUGGAGCGAGUGUAUCGGAUGAUCUGGAGCGAGUGCACACGCCUAUUUUAAGAGCAUUGUUUUAAAAUGGACACUGAAAAUUCACUGAAACCGGGGGAAAUGUUAAUAAAGCCAUACCUGUUUUUUUAGACAUUUCAGUAUUUCAAGGGGACAUUUGUUAGGGUCCGUGUCCAUGUGUCUACCAGCUGUCAGCGGGAGCCCCCAGCCCUCAGACAUCCGCUCUUACUUUACACACUUAACACACACCUCUCGGGGACUCGUGGUCUUUUUCCAUUUUUACAUUUAAUUGAACGUUUUUCAACCUUUAUGGAACAUUUGCUGUCAGUUCGCUGUUUGGGCUCACGAAGCAGGCGUGGGCGACAGAUCGAAAGCGCGUCGAAUGCUUCAGGACCCGUCCUUAUCUAAAGGAUGCGUUUUCACAUCAGAUUUGAUUGGCGCGAUUUGCGAUCACUCAAGUGGACGUUAUGUGUAGGAGAAUAUCACCUUAUUGUUUGUUCCCCAGAUGUGUGGGGUGAGUUGGCACAUGUUGUGUAGGCUAUAGCCCCUCCGCUAAACUCCACACGUGUGGCGUAGUUAGAUUUCGCUGCGACAGAGGCUGCACACCAGCUUGGCCUUAAAUCAGUUCCGGGUCUUUUGGUUUUCAGGUUUCUAUGCGACUGCCCUAUUACAGCAGAGCUGAAUAUUUAACACGCUGGGCUGCUUUUUAUUUUUUAUUUUUUUUUAUUUAUUUUUUUUGCGCCAUUGGCACGCCAUGGUUUGAUCGUCCUGAUAAGCUGUGUACACUACUGCUAAGAGAGGCUUUUAUUUGUUUUUAUGUGUGUGUGUGUAUGCGUGUGACUGUUUUAAUGUCUAUAGUUAAUGGACUUUAUAUGGUUAAAGCUAACUAUCCUGGGAUAUAUCUGCUAAGCAACCUGCUUAAUUUAUGUUCAUAUAAAAUUACCCCAGUGAGCAGAGGGGGGUUAUGAUAUAUAAUCUUUAUGAAAGCACACUUUUAUUAAUGCGACGGUCUGUCGUUUAUCUACCCUAACAUGUUUCUGACAAUACUAACCCUUUUUAUAUCUGUGGUUGUUUACGUGUGUUGAUUGUAUGUGUUGAACGGCUAAGCGGGCGGGAUUGUUUUUGCCAGCGGACGGUGUCUUAUUGCAUUUCCGGGAAUGUUAGUGUGACUGUCCGGAGCACCGAAUGCGUCAUUUUAAAUUACUAAACGCUGCAGAAACCUCCUUCCUUCACAAUGAACACUCCAGAGUUACUCAGGCAGUUUUAUUUGGAAGAUUCUCCAAUAAAUGCCAAACGCUUUAACACCA